AGUGAUUGAGGGAAACAUAUAUGGAAGGUCGGAAUUCAAGCGGAAGACGUCAGAGCGCAGUGGGUGUGUUAAUGGCUCCCUUCAUUCAGAUCGUAUUCCUCUCGAGGUAGGAAGUCCUAAAUCUAAUAGGAUUAGGAUUGAUUUGAUUUGGUAAUAUUUAUAACUGAGAUUAAGAUUUUCCGAUGAUUCCAUCCAUGUCAGUGCUGCGGCGCACAUAAACCUCCCCCCCCAAAACAUACAUAGCCCGUGGGUUAUUUAUUGGGGGGUUGAACAGAUUAUCCAUAAGUAUCUCUCUGUAUUUCUGGACUAUUGAAGUUGAGUGAGCUUAAUUUAUAGAAGAAAAUGAUGGAGAGGAUGAAUAGUUUGGGUUGCAAGAGGAGAAGGUUGGAUAAUGGUGGUGUAAGAAGAAUUAAGAUCAACAUCAUGAGUCGGUGCGACAAAUUCGCUCCUAUGUCACGGCUGCCUCAUGAAGUCCUCAGGGAAGAAGUGUUGUCAAGGCUGGCAAUUAGGGAUCUUUGCCGAGCCAAGUGCGUUUGUAAGCAAUGGCGUAGCAUCAUAAGUUCCCCUGACUUCAUCAAGGUGCACCGACGCCACAACCACGAGCCUUCACACGGGCUCCUCAUUGCAACCACGGAUUCUGUGAAUGACGAGUUCAUCUUCUACUACUCACCUCUGUCCGAACAACACCACCGCCACCAGCCUCGUGUUUUUGUCCCUCGGCUGAGGGUCCCCCGAAACCAGGACUACCAAUGGAUGACUCAAGUCGUGAAUGGCCUUGUGUGUCUAUACUCCGCCAAUCGGUUGAGUCUUUUUAAUAUAUGCACCCGCGAAAUCCUUGACCUCCCACUACCCCCAUCACCUUCCCGAGAUGCACUGUGUGCUGCUGUUGUUGAUACAUGGUGGCCUGAUACUAAUGCUGUUGAGAAGGACAACAACCUUCGCAUUCCUCGUGCUGGGGAGGCUACCAACUGCACUGCCACUCGCUACUAUUUUGGCUUUGAUACCCUGCAUAAGGUGUAUAAGAUACUAAGUGUUAGUUAUAUGUGCCGUGAAGGAUGUCCUGGCCCUGGUGAUCUGUGCGGGUGCCAACCUUUCCUGGUGCCUCAGGUUCUCUCUCUCAGUGGCCCAGUCUCCUCCUUCAAGUGGAGAAACGAAGUACCUCAUCCCAGACCAUUUAAUCCCCUUAGUAUGCACACUAUUUGUGUGAAUGGACGAUUGUGGUGGACUGGCAAUAAAAUCUCUCGCACUUGUUUUGAUCUGACAUCGACGCCUGAGCACUUUCGUAAUAUUACUGAACACCCCCCAGUCUCUGACAACUGCUGGUUCGUCACCAGCAUACCCUCACAAUAUGGGGGAUGCAUUGCUCUCUCCGAAGGUUGUCUACGACAGGGGAGAUCUUUGCGUCUCUUUACCCGCCCUGCAGAGCAAAUAUAUUGUGAGUGGAGUAAAUGUGAUAUCAAUUUGCCAGUCGAAUUGCUACGACGGGGGAAGUCUUCAAUUGCUCUUGUUGGAAACCUUCCGGAUGGGGACAUUUUAAUUGCCAACGACGAAGCAGAUGACUCCUUUACUCCUGUCUAUUCCUUCACUCCUCGAAGAAACAACAAGUUCUCAAAAUCAUUUAAGGUUGGGAAGUUUCCAUCAGCAACUGCCUCAAUGUCGCCGAGAGAACUUGCUGUUGCUGUAACCUGUGUCGAGGAUAAUCUCACUCCACUCUGCAAUUGUUUUUGAAAUUGUUCCCAUCUCUAUAUGUUUAUUAUCCAUGUAAUCUGAAUAAGUUGUUGCUGUUGUGCUCAUAAAUACUGGUUCCAGUUUUCAACUUCGCUGCGGUGUCAUUUGCACUGUUAUGAAGUAUUUUAUUUAUUCACAUUUUUCAUUUGUAUGGAUGGGGAUUGAUAUUUCUCCUCUAAAACUCAUUUAUUUUAGGACGUGGAUCAUAAUGGAAGUAGAUUUUGUUGUCAUUUCUGAUUUUCACCCUUCGGUAGCCUAGGUGUUCAUCAUGUUUAUGCUAGAGCAUAGGGCUUGUUU